AUCCGGAAUGCAAUUGGAUUUGGAUCAAGCGCCGCCGCCGCCGCCGCCGCUGCUGCUGCUGCUGCUGCUGCUCAUACUCACUGCAUCGAUUCCACACGCUUCUCGAGCGCCGAGCUUCGACUACGCCGACGCUCUGGACAAAUCCAUCCUAUUCUACGAGCAGCAGCGCUCGGGAGAGCUCCCCGAGGAUCAAAGAGCGACAUGGCGGGGGGAUUCCGCGCUCACCGAUGGACAAGAUGUCAAUGUCGAUCUCGUUGGAGGCUACUACGACGCUGGAAACAACGUGAAAUUUGGAUUCCCAGGGGCCUUCACGACCACAAUGUUGGCUUGGUCCGUCAUCGAGACCGGUCUGGAGCUCGAUUCCCUUGGCGAGCUUGGUUAUGCCAAGGAAGCCGUACGAUGGGGUGCCGACUAUAUAGCCAAGACGUACAGCGCGCCCAAUGUACUUUGGGCCCAGGUCGGGGAUGCUCAAGCCGAUCAUGCGUGCUGGGAGAGGCCCGAGGAUAUGGACACGCCAAGAACGGCGUACAGGAUCGAUGCGGCGCAUCCAGGCUCGGAUCUUGCGGGGGAAUCGGCUGCGGCGCUCGCGGCGUCGUCGAUCGUCUUCCAGAUUACCGAUCCGGGGUAUUCCAGCGAGCUCCUCGCCAAGGCGCAAGAUAUUUUCCGGUUUGCAGAUGCUUACAGGGGAAAAUACAGCGAUUCUCUGGGCGGGGUUGUCACGCCGUACUACAAUUCCUUCUCUGGUUACGAGGAUGAGCUUCUCUGGGCUGCUGCUUGGCUCUACAAAGCAUCUCGCGACGAACAGUACUUGAGCUACUUGAUCGAGAAUGGUGCUGGAUUUGGAGGAACUACCGGGACAUACUACACGGCUACCUGGGACAAUAAGCUUGCCGGCGUCCAAGUUUUGGAAUCACAGUUGUUCUUCUCGGGAAGGAGCGAUCUGGAAGGGUAUAAAACCCAAGCUGACAACUUCGUAUGCUCUGUUCUUCCGGGAAAUCCCAAGUCCACAGCCACGAUUACACCAGGUGGUUUGCUCUACGUCCAAGAAGCAAGCAACAUGCAAUACGUGACUAGCGCUGCGUUUUUGUUUUUCACGUAUGCCAAGUAUCUGGAGGACGCGUCCCAGACAGUCUCUUGUGGAGACGUCCAGGUCUCUCCGGACGAACUCAAUGCUUUUGCGAAGCAGCAGGUGGAUUACAUCCUGGGAAACAAUCCCAGGAACUCGUCAUACAUGAUUGGGUUCGGCCGCAAUUUCCCGCAGCGCGUCCAUCACCGUGCCUCGUCCAUGCCCUCGAUCGAAGAUCAUCCUGCCAAGAUUGGAUGUCAAGAGGGAUUCCAGUACCUCCAAGCAUCGUCUCCAAAUCCAAAUCCCAUCGUUGGGGGCGUAGUUGGAGGCCCCGAUAGCAGUGACCAAUACUCGGACGAUCGAGAAGCUUUCACCCAGUCAGAGCCAUCGACAUAUAUCAAUGCCGGAUUGGUUGGAGCGCUCGCAACACUCGCGGGACAAACCUUAUAGAUCACACUCCCUGGGAAAAAAGCUGGGGAAGAACUUUUUUGGCGGUAAAUUUUGAAUUUGAAUUAAAAGUUCCGGCGCGUAAGAUAUGGCGAAA